GAAACCAAAUACUCAUAAUGACAUAUGAUUGUAAUGUUUAGAAUAACAUUAUCGCGUUGAAAGACACAAAAGCUGAAAUUUUAUCGUUGGCUUAUUCAUGCCAGUUAGAAAAACCCACAAACAUUUUAAUACGUUACUCGUUAGGAGUAAUACCGUUAUUGGAAAAACCGUACUUAACGACAUGACGUUGAAACAACAUUAAGCUAGCUUAUGAAACGAUGCUUGGAACUGGUAUGGACACGAAGUUUUUGAACGAAAUAAAGACAAGAAGGCUACACAUGCCAAUGGGCGCUCACAUUAGAUCUAAAAACGAACCCUAAAAACGAAACUGAUUGAAUCAGAAACCGGAGUUGAGGGGGCAGCUUAAGAAAACUGUUGGACAUGCCUUCUAAUCAACCCAACCAAACGUAUACAAACACCAAAGAUAAUCACUCGCGUCAGUUUGGAGAUGUCAUUACAAAUGAAAUCGGUAAUUUACCUGAAAGCUCUCUCAGCGCAUGCUCUUUCAAUGCAUGUCGUGUUGAUAAAUACGUCUUGGACACCAUGCCAUUGGAGCUGAAAGUAGCUAAUAUAGACGUUCUUAUUCUAUACCACGAAAACGAUAGACAAAGUGCUGCCGAUUUCAGAGACCACCUUGUCAAUGAUAUUCAGCUGAAAGAUAGGGAAAAGGUUCGUGCUCUUUUGUACGAUGAAGGUGAACUAAUUGCUUUAAAUAUCAGAAAAAUUGGGCAACUGAGUGAUGCAAUUAACAGAAGCACAUACGUUUUCAUCUACCUUACAAAAGAAUUCGUAAAGGAUAAGUGGAUGGAGUUUACCAGCGAAGUUUGUUUAAUGGAAGCCAUUGAAAAUCCUGACAAGCAGUGGUGCGUUGUUCCAGUCUUCACUGAAAAACGCAAUGGAACAUUUAAAAUCCCUACAGGACUCAACAUACUAAACGGAUUGAAUUAUUAUAAUAAGGACCAGUACUAUUUAAAACAAGUAACAUGUUUGAUUGAGUCACGGAUUCAAAGCAGAAAGAAUGCCGAUGUUAAAUUAAUAAACAUGCAGAAAGUAUGGAUAUCAAACCAAGAAAAAAACACAUCUGCAUCGUAUUCCGAAACAAAUAAUGAAUUGUCAGAUUUCAAAUUCAGCAAACCAUGUAAGACUCAAGACAAAAUGUGCUUUAGUAACGAAGACCUCACCCUUCUGACCGACGCUCCUCCAAAUGUUAAUGAAUGCUUUGGUAAGAACGAACCUGAAACUGAAUGGACCGAACAUAAUAAUUCGGAACUCCGUGUUUCCUCAAUAAGCACUUUACAUUGUGACAUGGCAAUGUCUUCACCAAUGCCAAAGAGGUCAGAUUCGACAAAUCUUCCAACAAUUUGUGAUAAGCAAAGCUAUGGGCGCAGUGCAGCUGAGCAGAAGCGAACAUAUGCAGAUGCAGAUCAUCUCGAGGCAGGAAACAUGAAUGACUUUACUGAUGAAGUUAGUCCACACAGUCCUCCAAGUCGGUAUUUCGAUCAAGCAGCUGAACAUUUUGAGCCACACUCUAAAUCCGAAUUUAAGGACCAGCGAAAGAAAGGCAAGAAAAGGGAAACGAUGAAGACUGAUGACAGUUUGUAUCAGCCACUUACCAUGAUAUCGUUUGAUGAAAGCGGAAGAUCGAUCUCCGUUUGUUUAGGGACAGCAAAUGGUGGAGAAAAUCAAACACAAAGCCAUAUAGUGAACACACUUGGACAUGAACAGUCCCGAUCAGUUGGAGGUCAGUAUUGCGGUAAAACUUAUACAAAUGAUGCAGCGCGGGAAGCGGCGUUAAUACCACAGUUUGAAACACUGUUGCACUCCGAUGAUAUUGGCUCGUAUUCGGGGUCAGGAAAUCAAUCAAAACCCUGUCCAGAUAACGUCGCUGAAAACUUGCUACCACAAACAACUACUGAUGUCAAUCAGAACGAAUACUUGAACAAACAAGAUGCACUACCAUUACUAAGCGACUUUGAAAUUGGACCUGAAUUACAUAAUACAGAAAAUGAUAGACACCCACGCAGACAUGAACCAAUUUAUUGCGUACAUGAAUCUGAGAAAAUCAACAGACAGGCAGCAGGAGGAUCGUCACCUAUUGUCCACUAUCAUAAAACUGUCAUCAACAUACACAGAGCAACAAACAUUCAAAUCGGAGAUCAGAAUAAGAUACUAGAAGCUAAUGAUAGCGACGAUGAAUGUAACAGCAAUUACAAAGAAUCACAGAAACAUGAAGUCACUGAAGAAGAAAUGCAUCAAAGUGAUAAUCGAAACGGCGAACUCCUAAAUAAAAGGGAAUUAGAGGUUGGACUAGACAAAAUCCAUGACGCUGAUGACGACCAUAUGAAUUCCUCUUUAAAAACUGUCCCGGCUUUGGAUGCACAACUCUUUACGGACAACGUAUGUAAGGAUGAAGCUGAUGCUAACAGAGCAGUGAGAGGUAGCAGUUUUAUUGAUACUUCAGUGAAAGAAGAUUGUAACCUACACACAGAAGAUACAACACAGAAUUGUCAGGAUGGAGCAAGCGAACAAAGUGAACACUUGCGCAGAUUUGCCAUUCGAGCAGAGCAUGUGAAUCCGAGCAGUAAAAAGCAUUUUGAAACGAUAACACCAGUGCAAGACCAAAGCUACGUAUGCGACACCGGAAACUUGAAUAGUGUCGUUGCUCUUAAAAAUAUCGACUAUGGUAAACGUCUAAGAAAGUUUGGAAUGCUAGUUUGUGUCAUCGUGCUUACUGCUGGUAGCAUACUUUUAUAGAAUAAGGUUGCCAACGUGCCGGCUAUUUGGAAUGCAAAUAAUGUCAAACAACAAAAACAAUUAAAUGAGUGGAUUGUCACUGACAUUUGAUUGUGUUAUGCAUAGACUAUUUUGUAUAUACAUAGACUGUAUUGUGUAUUCUUGUUUUCGUGAAGAUGAAGAGUUAAUUGUGAGCUUUAGUAUAUCAAAAGCAUACUUAUUCGGCUAAUCUUUUGAAAACAUGUACAUUACCAGUCCGCGGUAUUCAUAUUGUAAUAUAGUCGUUUUGUUUAAUUUUAUUACUUCACUUACUUCGAGUCGUGCAGACAAAUGUGUAUAGAUUUAUUACUAGAUUUGUUCAAGUUGCCAGUACCACGUGAUUUUUUCGGCUAUGUGUGGGACUAUUGGUUGUCAACAAAGUAUCGCUUCAGGUAACGUUUUUGAUAAUUUCUUCAUUAAUUCAAAACCAUUUACAAAAAAACAAAGACGAGUGCCCGGUCAUUGUCAAAAUACACAACUUUGUUAAGUUUGCGCACAAUUAAUUACGUAUAUUUUCCGAAAAGUGCAACGGCGUGUUUGAAAACACACGAAGUGAAAUGCUAUGUGUGGUAUAUUUUUUAUUCAAUCAACAAAAACGUUAAUUAUAACAUUGUCGAAGGCUUAAAAAAUAGGGCGGGCAUUGUAAUUCUUCAUAGAGAAGCUACAUACAAUGUAUGUUUGCGCAAAUACAUCUGAUUCGGAAUGUGUGUAUUAAAAUGUAAUAAUGCUAUGUGUGGGACACAUUUUUGGAAUGCUAUGUGUGGUAUACAAGAAUUUGCCCGUAAGUAGUGCAUUUAAUCUGAACACAGUUUUGUAAGAAUCUUGAUCAGUCUGUACUGAAAAUAUAUCAAAUUAAACAAAUGUUACAUGAUGGAAUACUGAAGUAAUGGUGUAAUGUUUAAACAAUUUUUGUUUAACUGAACAUACAUUUUAAAUAAAACACACUGUAUAAUUUAUAUCCAAUCAAUUGUCUUUUUUAACAAACAUGUUAUGUUGAAAUAUAAUAUUUUCUUUUUUUUACUUAUUGUCUUAAAAUAAAUAUCACGAUUGAUAUUUCUGCCAGAUUAUUAAAUUUGGUCCAGUUUUUGUUGUAAAUGAAUGAUACAGAAAGUAAAAACACUUGCUUUGAAAUGGGUUUUACUUCUGUUGUUUUUCAGACUUGACAAGGAUAAGUCGAAGGAUUUGUAACGCUUUUAAGGUGCGAAGCUGUGUAAGAAUUACAGGAACACCAUCAAACCACACGGAAGGUGUUAUGCGGCAAGUUAAUUAUCUAAAACACAGUGACAGAGACAGGGACGCAGCUUCAUUCUGUGAUGUUCACGGAAAGCAUUUUCAACUUACUAUGUAAACAUACCAUUUGAUAUGUAUUUUGGCAUAAUCAAAACAAAGUGUUUGUAUUAAUAUGUGUGUAUAUAUAUGGGGUUUGUAUCUAUGUUAUUACUGAAAUUGAUUUGAUGAAUAUAAAAUCUGAUUAUGUAUGUUAAUAAAACAGUUGUUUCAUAACAAAUAACAAUAUAAACCCUAUGAUGCUUGUUUGUCGUCUAUUAAGUUUCCCAUUUCAUCCCCGUAUGAAUAUCUUAAGUAUAUCAAAAUAAACACUGCAUUAAAAUAACAUUACUUUAUAACCAGCAUGCACAUGUUACAAUAGAAAUUAAAACACCAAAUACAUAAAGUACAUCAGUAUUCACAAAGUAAUUGUAAUCAGUCAAUUUAUGAAUUUGCUAAUAUUGCUUCACAAACAUAUACAUGCUCCAAUUAACACGUAACAAAUUAUCAUCGCCAAAAUUUCUUGACUUGGGGGUUUAUUAUACCAACAAACAUAUUGAAUUUUUUUAAUACUUCAUGAACUCAAUUUCAAAUGAAAUCUGAAUAACUGAAGAUGUUUCAUGAUAAUACUCAUUUGCCCCGGUCAUGAAAGGGGGCUGAAAGAUCUUGUUGCUACUGCACCAAGUAAUAAACAUUAAAUGUUGUUAAAUUUGUUGAAUUGUCAAAUUGUUAUUUAAUGUUUACUUUGAUUGAUUUCUUUCACUGCAAUACUGGCACCAUCUGGUAAUAAAAACAAACAGUCUUUUAAACUUGUGAACAUUUACUUUCUAUGACAACUUUUCAUUGAUCAAUAUAUCAGUACGUCUCUUCAAGGUGCUUCCAAAAAUACUUUAGUCUCCCUGAAAAGAACAAAAUACAGAUGAAAUAAACUGUAAAACUUACUUUUUGUAGUUUUGUUACAAUUAUAUUCACAUGACACUUUGCACAAACAAUCCUUACGAUUUUGUGUAUUAAACAAGUGCAUUAGUUGGCAGUAACAAUUCACUGAAAAUUCAAAAUUUUGCAACAAUCAAUUUUAUGGAAACUCACAAGAUAAGGUUUGCCGCAACAGAAAUAUUUUCCUGUCCGUGCGUGGGUGGCUUUGUGUUUGUAGAUCCCCGACUGUGUUUUGACCUCUCUACCACACUGUUCGCAAACAAAUGGCAUUCUACAAGUAAACAAAAUAUGAAUAUAAAUUAUCGACAUUCAUGAUAAUUUUGAGUAACAUGAACGUCGUGAUUAUCAUAUUUUAGGCGCGCAAAACAGUACCAACAAUGUUUUAUUGACCAUUUUUGUUAUUUAGAAAGACUUAAAAUAUUAUUGACGUUUAUGUCAAUCUUUCGAUUCUCUAGUUUAGUUUGUAUACCACACAUAGCAUUUCAAAAAUGUGUCCCACACAUAGCAUUAUUGCAUUUUAAUACACACACUCCGAAUAAGAUGUAUUUGCGCAAAUAUACAAUGCAUGUAGCUUCUCGGUGAAAAAUUACAAUGUCCGCCCUAUUUUUUAAUCUUCGACAAUAUUAUAAUGAACGUUUCUGUUGAUUGAAUAAAUAAAUAUACCACACAUAGCAUUACACUUCAUGUGUUUCCGAACACGCGGUUGCACUUUUGGAAAAAAAAAUACGUAAUUAAUUUUGCGCAAACUUAACAAAUUUGUGUAUUUUGACAAUGACCAGGCACUCGUCUUUGUUUUUUUUAAUGGUUUUGAAUUAAUGAAUAAAAUAUCAAAAACGUUACCUAAAGCGAUACUUUGUUGACAACCGAUAGUCCCACACAUAGCCUAAACAGUCACGUGGUACAGGCACCUUGUUGUUGUAUGAUAAACAUUCUACCAGAGGGGGUAAUCACGUGACGAUCAGAAAAAAGUCAAACUGGCGACGUCCGUGCCGUAACAUGUCUUUUUCGCCGUUUUUUAUACCCUUUAUUUCUUUUGUUAAAUGUGUAAAUGCCGGUAAAUUACCAGCCAUAUAAGUAAGAAAGCGUUUAUUUCGUAUUAAUAUUCGCUUUAUAUCUCGACAUUACUCGCUUCGAAAUUUCGAAGCGAGUAAAGUCGAUAUAUAUAGCGAAUAUUAAUAUGAAAUAAACGCUUAUCACUCUCUUGCUGACAUGGCUGGAAAUUGAGUAGCGUUUAAAAAAAUAAUAAAGGUUAUAAAACGGCGAAAAUACCUGUCUCGGCAUGGAUGUCGCCAUCUUCACUAUCACAUGAUUACCCCCUCUUACUAUGCAACAACCAAUGUAACGCUCGAUUGGUCAUUGUUAAGGCUCGGUUAUUACUUAAAUGUUUUCACUAAAUAAUAUCAUAGCCACACGCUAACCACCUGUGAUGGCAGUUAUUGUAUGUGAGGGCAUGGAACGACAACUCUGCGUGGAGAUUGGUGGUAGUUAUUGUAUGUGAGGGCAUGGAAUGACAAUACUGCGUGGAGAUUGAUGGCAGUUAUUGUAUGUGAGGGCAUGGGACGCCAACUCUGCGUGUAGAUUGAUGGCAGUUAUUGCAUGUGAGGGCAUGGAACGACAACUCUGCGUGGAGAUUGAUGUCAGUUAUUGUAUGUGAAGGCAUGGAACGACAACUCUGCGUGGAGAUUAAUGGCAGUUAUUGUAUGUGAAGGCAUGGAACGACAACUCUGCAUGGAGAUUGAUGACAGUUAUUUAUGCAAGCGAACAACUAAUAACAUAAACUUGAUUAUGGAUAAAGAUGCAAAAUAUCACUUCUGACCCCGCAUUGUAUGAGAAAAUUUGCACGCACUUUUCAGGCGCCUGCAUAUUUCAACGCAUAUGCUCUGCCUAUUGUAUAUAUUUAAUUUGUUGUGAAGCUACUUGAACUCUUACAUAUGGGUCGCGUGCAAAUGAUUAUAAAGCCAUCUGGACGUGUUUGUUAUUGAACGUGUAGUACUUGUAUAUUAACAAUAUCAAAUGAAUUAUGUUAAGAAAUGUAAAUGCAAGUAGCCUUAAAAUGUAUCUUAAUGUUGACUUGCUAAAAUAAACAACAAAACAUG